ACGCGAUCGAUUCCGUUGUUCGCUAUCUACUCUCAACCAUGCAUGUCGACACGUCCACCUCGCGAGGCUAUAAGAGGCGGGGCUCAAACGCAGUCAGAGGACAACAGAAACUCAAACAACUAACUUCAACAACAUCUACUCAUCCAUACUCGAUCCGUCGAUGUCUCCUACAUACUCCUCAUUCGCAGUGAUCGGUGCUGGCGCUGUCGGUGGCCCCAUCCUCGCCGCCCUCGGUGCCCAGCCCUCUGCGAAAGUCAUCCUUCUCUCGCGCAGCACGUCCAAGACGGUCCCUGCGAAUGUCCAGGUCAUCCAAAUCCCGUCGUACGACAACGUGCCGGCCGUUACUGCCGCACUCAAGGCACACAGCGUCGAAGUGAUCGUGUCGACGCUAAACAUCGCGGCUCUUCCCGCUCAGCUCGCUGUCGUUGAUGCAGCGAAGCAGGCCGGUGUCAAGCUGUUCGUGCCGUCCGAGUUUUCCUUUACGACGGAGGGAGCCACCGAGGGAUCGUUGGGCGAGAAGCAAAAGACAAUCGAUAAGCUCCAGAGCGUCGGCGUGCCCUACCUCCGCAUGUUUACCGGAUUGUUCAUCGAGUUUGUGCCCUGGGCCGUGAACUACAACGCGGAGGCCAAGAAGCUUUAUGUGGUCGGCAAAGCGGAAGGCCCCGUCUCGGUCGUAUCCAGCGCCGAUAUCGGUGACUUUCUAGCACAUAUCUUUACCCACCAACCCGCCUCCGCGCUCGAGAACAAGGUCUUGCGCAUCGAAGGUGAGCGCCUCCAGGGUUUCCGGUCCCUCGGGCCGCUCUUUGGCGCGGAGGUGGUGACUGUCAAAGCGAUGGAAGGGGAGCUGGCUCACUUCAAAGAUAUGUUGAUGGGCCUUGCUGACCAGGGUAUGGCUACCACCGGCUACGGCGUCAAAGGUGUGUCCGAUGAAGAGGCGUCCAAGAGCGGAAACGCGCUGUGGGCGGGACAUCAGUGGAAGACUGUCAAGGAUGUUUUCGGUCUCUAGUCGACGAGAAACUCCUGAUAAAUGGACAAUUUGUGGACCAUGCAAUCUUACCUUUUCCCACCACGCAUUGUUCUUACGUACUUGAGGCCUGGCAUUAGAAUACUCAGCUUGUUUCAGCGCAUUGGCACCCUUCAUCUCGAAUAGAACUCUAUUGAU